AUGAAGGCUGCUAUCGUAGAGGUAUUUGUCAGUUCAGUUCAUAGGAAUUACCGUUGGCACAUUAUGGAAAAUGCUAGGAAGACAAUGGGUCCUUUCUUGGAUAGCAAAGGGGAUGGUAAGCAAGAGUUGGCGGAUGACUUCAAGGAUUGUAUUGACAAUAGCUUCACGCCGGCAGAGUUUGAGCAGAAGUGGCAGGCUUUUCUGGAUAAAUAUGAGCUCAACAAUGAUGAGAGGUUCCAACAUUUGUAUGACAUGAGACAUUGUUGGAUCCCUGCGUAUUUCAUGCAUUGUUUCUUCCCCUUCCUCCAAACAACAGCACGGAGUGAAGGCUUCAAUGCUAUCCUGAAGCGCUAUGUCAACCCAAAGAACUCGAUGCUCAACUUUGUGCAGCAAUAUAAGAAGAUACAACAAAGGAUUUUCAGCAAGCAAGAUUUGCAAGAGGCGGCCACAGCCACAAAGGUCCCACGCUACUUGACGGGGCACCCUAUGGAGCAUCAGAUGAAGAAAGCGUAUACAAGGAGGUUGUUCAAUGUGUUUCAACAUGAGUUGCAGCUAAGUUCGAGCUACUAUGUUGUUCAUGUUGAAGGGGAUGACUUGAUAGAUGUUGUUCCGUACAGGCGUUGCCCCGAUCUGUUGUAUGGGACACGGACAUUCAGGGUCACGUCGUUCAGGGUGGAGGGCUUGUAUAGCUACACCUGUUGCAAGUUUGAUAGAUAUUGA